AUGAAGCAUAUAGUAAAGAUGUUGAGCCUGUUGGUGGCAAUCUCUGCCUUAUGGAUUGGUCUUUUGCAGGCUGCGAUUGUUCCUCGAGGCCAUACAUGGUUGCUACCCAUCUACUUUAUAGUAUCUCUCGGAUGCUAUGGUUUAUUAAUGGUUGGAACCGGACUGAUGCAGUUUCCUACAUGUCCCCAAGAAGCACUUCUGCUGCACAAGGAUAUUGCAGAGGCUAAGGACUUCUUCAAGCACAAAGGGGUCCAUGUUGGAUCAGAUUGA